ACGUCAAUUUCUCCCCUAUAAAACCGCAUCAAUUCCACAAUCCUCUCACAAAACAAAAAACUCACUUCCCCUCACAUAAACGAAUCCAAUUCCCUUCCCCUUCAGAAAAAAAUGUCAUCUCAAAUAACUCAAAACCACCGUGAAAAUGCAGAAGUUUGCACCGAUCCAACAAUCUGCAAGCAAAACUCCCUACAACUUCUGGAACAAAUCAACAUGCCAAAAGGUCUUCUACCAUUAGAUGAUUUAAUCGAAAUAGGUCACAAUAAACAAACCGGGUUCGUUUGGCUUAAACAAAAAAAGCCAAAAGAACACCGGUUCAAGAAAAUAGGAAAACUUGUUUGGUACGAUGAUGAAGUAACUGGUUUUCUUGAAAAUCGAAGGAUGAAGAAAUUAACUGGGGUUAAAAGUAAGGAGAUUUUGAUCUGGGUUACAAUUUCUGACAUUUCUAUUCAAGACCCUGAAGUUCAGAAAAUUACAUUUGCUACCCCUGCUGGAAUUUCUAAGGCUUUUCCGGUGUCUGCAUUUGAGGAGUGAGGGGGAUUGGUGGUGAGUAUUUUGGGGCGUAUUAUUAAUAAUUUAAGUGUGAAAAAAGUUGAAAUUGAAGGAGCAAAGGGAACUUUGAGUUUAACUUGUGAUGCUAACCAAUACGAAGUCAUUGUGAGAUCAAGGAAAGCAUUGAAAAGGAAGGGAGGAAAGAAAAAUGAGAAAGAAGAUGUCUCACCACCGGCGAUAGUUAUGGCGAGCAUCGUGUUGUCGACUUUAAGGGCGACGAAUUUAAAAGAAAAA